AUGCUCCAACUCCUCAACCCCAAGGCCGAGCUGUUGCGCCGGCAACAGGCGUUGCAAGUGAACAUUGCCGCCGCCCAGGGCCUCCAGCAGGUGCUUGCGCUGAAUCUUGGACCCCGCGGUACCCUCAAGCUCCUCGUCGACGGGCUGGGGGGCCUCAAGUUGACCAAGGACGGCAAAGUGUUGCUCACGGAAAUGCAGAUCCAGCACCCGACCGCGAUCAUGAUUGCCCGGGCCGCCGCCGCCCAGGACGAGAUCACCGGCGACGGUACCACCUCGGUGGUGUUGCUUGUCGGUGAGCUUUUAAAGCAGGCCGACCGCUACGUGUCGGAAGGUGUACACCCGCGGGUGAUCGUUGACGGCUACGAACAGGCCAGAGAAGCGGCGCUCCAGUUCCUUAACCAAUUCAAACACACCCGUCUGGAUUUCGACCGUGAGUUCUUAUUACAGAUCGCUCGUUCGUCUUUGGCGACGAAGGUGCCUGCGGAAUUGACCGACGUUUUGACCCCUGUGGUUACUGACGCCGUCCUCCAAGUACGCCAACCCGACCAGCAAUUGGACCUCCACAUGAUCGAAGUGAUGACGAUGCAGCACGGCACUGCUCGCGACACUGAAUUGAUUAAAGGUUUAGUGCUUGACCACGGUGCCCGCCACCCGGACAUGCCCCGCCGUGUCGCCAACGCCCACAUCUUGAUUCUCAACGUCUCCUUGGAGUACGAGAAGACCGAGGUCAACCUGGGCUUCUUCUACUCGCUGGCAGAGCAGCGCGACAAGUUGGUGGCGCUGGAGCGAAAAUUUGUUGACGCCAAGUUGAAGAAGAUCGUGGACUUGAAGAACCAAGUGUGCCUGAACGGUGACGGGUUCGUCAUCAUCAACCAGAAGGGGAUCGACCCGAUGUCGUUGGACGUGUUGGCUAAGCACAACAUCCUUGCUCUCCGUCGGGCUAAGAGAAGAAACAUGGAGCGUUUGCAGCUCAUCUGCGGCGGUGAAGCCCAAAACUCCGUUGACGACUUGCUGCCGUCAGUAUUGGGGUGGGCCGGCAUGGUCUACGAAAACGCUAUCGGCGAAGACAAGUUCACUUACAUCACUGAACCUAAGGACCCCAAGGCAGCCACGGUGUUGAUCCACGGGCUGAACAACCACAUCGUCACCCAGGUCAAGGACGCGGUGCGCGACGGGUUGCGUGCCGUCGCCAACGUCAUUCGCGACGGUGCCGUCGUCCCUGGUGCUGGCGCCUUCUGGUUGAGCGCCGCCCACCACCUCAGGCAACCUCUGCUUGCUAAGGGUAAGAACAAGGCCGGGUUCAACGCCUUCGCCGACGCGUUGUUGGUGAUUCCCAAGACCCUCGCCGCCAACGCUGGGCUCGAUACCUUGGAUGUGAUGGCUCAAUGUGAAGACGACAUCCACGCCGGCGAAGUGGUUGGGGUUGACUUGAUCUCGGGUGAGCCCAUGGACCCUUCGGUGGACGGGGUGUGGGACUCGUUCCGGGUGGUACGCAACGCCAUCGCCGCCGCCACGGGGAUCGCCCUGAACUUGUUGUUGUGCGAUGAGUUGUUGAAGGCAGGGCGCUCGUCGCUCAAACCGGAGCAGUAG